AUUUUCCCCACAACCAACACAAACCAAAACCCUACUUCAAACAAGCAUCAUAUCUCUUAAAACUUCGACCAAAUUAAUCCAAAACCAAAAGCAAAAAAUGGAUAGAGUGAGCAAAAUGGUGUCGGAGAAGCCGGUGGUGAUCUUCAGCAAGAGCUCUUGCUGCAUGAGCCACACUAUAAGGUCUCUCUUUGCCGAUUUUGGGGUGAACCCGAUGGUGUAUGAGCUAGAUGAGAUCCCCAGGGGCAGGGAGGUGGAGCAGGCGCUUUCGCGCCUUGGCUGCAACCCCACCGUGCCUGCAGUUUUCAUAGGUGGAGAAUUUGUUGGCGGAGCCAAUGAGAUCAUGAGCCUCCAUCUCAAGAGGUCACUAAAGCCCAUGCUCAAGGGGGCCGGGGCCCUCUGGGUCUGAUGCUAUCCCAACCUUUUAUUUUCAUAUAAAAUAACAAUUAGACAAAAAUUUGGGUGCGUGCAUUCCACCCUCCCCGCCUACUCCUCCUCAUCCUCCAUUGUCGCCUCCUCCCCUUUAUCGUGCCCUCUCUCCUCUUCUGCAAACGGUAGAGCUCAUCGUGUACGCAUAUAUGCACGGGAUAGCUCCUCUAGCAAUUAAUGCAUUUAUUUGCAUUUUUUUUAUCCUUUUUUUGUGUUGAGAUAGAGAGAGGUGUUUUUUGGCUAGCUCUUGAGUUUGCUAACCGUGUUACUAUAGUUUAAUUAGUGAAUAAUUUGUAUGAAUCAGCUUUUUUUGGUAAGGCUGCAUGUGUACUUACGUUACUAAUUAAUACUAUUGUUGUUAAAUAA